AUGCCAGAUCCACCUUUCCGGAUACUGUCGCGAGGCCCCUUUCUGUUCCUGGGUGUGCUCUUCUCAGCCUUGAAACAGGAAGUCCAUGAGCUGACUAGUCUGCGGAUGACCAAGCGAAGGUCGUCAGUUCCGUCGAUGCAGUCGUUCUGGACGUUGAAGGUUGGGGUGGCCGGCCGAAAAGGUGGGGUGGAUGGUCACAUCCAAAAGAUGCUCUACCGGAUGGUCCCGCCAGAUGUGGGCGCCAAAUCGGGCCCCACCCAGGAAAAGCACAGAUCCCCGGCAUACGCCCCACCCCGGGCCGGAAGCUGUCUACUGGGCCUCUUCCGUCUCCUGCAUCCUUCAUCAACUUCUGGCCUUCGGUCUCCAUCUACCAGUCCAGAUCCGGCACCCCGGUCACUCCACCUUUUCAUCGCUCAGUCUGGACCUGGUCUAGACCCCGGCUGCCAAAAGCCAACCGCCGGGCGUUUGCUCAUCUGGAAGCCGCAAGUGUGA